GCGCCCGCCGUGCGCGACCAUCCCAAAUCCAUCCACCACUCAUGUCCGCUUGAGCCUCUUCGUGCUCCCGUCUGCCGUGCUGCUCGCAAAAUACAGAGGCCCGGGCUGCUUCUGAGCGGCGGACAUUACUUCCGAAGCCAUGCUGGACCUCCUGCAGGCCUAUACGGGCUGCCCCACCACGGGCCUGCAAUUCCUCGCCCUGCCCCGCGAGACUCUGCUGCUGCACCCAUCGCUAGACAGUAUCAUCAUCCUUAAUGCACGCACGUUAGCCUUCCUCCGUGCCCUCACUUUCUGGGAGGUCUUUCCAGGCACCCGGCACAUCGCUGGAUCUGUCAGUUGUCUGACCAUAGAUUCUGGAAUGAAGCUUGUCGUGGCUUCUAUGGCUUCUCGUGUCGCCGUCUGGUCGCUGUCCACUGCAGGAGGAUACCAGGUGCACGACUCGUGGCGACUACACUCUUCACUUGUUCUCCCUCAGGAGCAAGAGGUUACGGCCCUAGAUUGCAAGUCUGGACUGCUGGCCGUCGGCACACAAUCAAGUCUAUCUGUCUACACACUCAUUUUAGAGAACGACCUGCCUACUUGGUCGCGAAAGUGGACAUAUCCUACGAAAUCACUAGCUCGCGUACGAUUCUCACCCUCCUUAAUGUACAUUGCAACCACGUCGACCCACGAUACUAUUGUCCGCCUACACCUUACCACCUCCGGCCGCCGAACCCAGGUUAUUCCGCACCCGCGACCUGUCUCCGACAUACGCUGGCGUAAUCCUGGCACACACGCACAGAACCGCAAUGACGAUCCGAUCCUAUACACAACCACAACGGAUGGCACUCUUCGUGUAUUCCUCUCCGUGCUUGAUGCGCCGCAGCGUGUGCAGCUGCACGCCGCUCUCGAUGCGGCGAGCUCCAUACCGCUCUCCUCCCAGUUGAAUUCGUUGGAAGGCGACGGAAGGAUGAUAUCGAGUAGCGUGUUUCCGCUCGACCGUGAUGCAGUUCUCAGCAUGCUGAAGGGCGUGAGUGGGGGCGCGCAGAGCGCGGAGGAGGACGCGCGGAGCAGGCGGGUACGAGAGAUCGCGGAGGAGGGGUGGGACUUGUUCCUGCGUGUCCUCGCGGACGGUUCGUUAGUUGUCCAAGCAGUUGCUAAUAUCGACCGACGCCCACCCACGCUGCUCAAGCAGUUCACCUUACUUCAAUCGCCUCCGGGACUCCUCCCGUCCCCUCCUCCAGCGCACCUCUACGUCCUCCCCGCUCCAUCUGACCCUGGGACGCUCACAUUGGUUACUUCCCCUCCUCUCGCCGCCUACGUCCUUUCGCCCCUCCCGUUCUUCGAUGCGCGUGCAGAUGGACUCAGGCUCGUCGCGCGUGGUGCUGACCAGAUACUGCAGGACCCCAGAGAGGCUGUCGAUCAUAGCAGACGCGAGGUAGUCAGGUUUGUACGGACACCGGAGGGAGAAGGCGUUGGGGCGGUAUAUGCGGAUGGGAGCGGCGAGGUCUGGUGCCUGAAGCGGGGCGGAGGCGGACUGCAGAGGAGAGGGAAGUGGCGCGUAAGUGAGGAGGCAGAUAAAGUCGACCAGGUCGUAGUGCUCGAUGGAGGCACUUGUUUUGUCACGUACGCGUCCCAGGCAGGUCGUCUUACCCUCCACACACCCGCACCCGCCACGCUAUCCGUCCCGCCCCUCGUAGCCCUCUUCUCCCUGCCAGUACCCUCUUCCUCCCCAACCUCCCUAUCACGCACCAUCCUAGCUGUCACAGAGACUCAUACCAUCCUUGUCAUCUACGCCAACCUAUCCCCCGAACCCGCCCUCGCCAUCCGACUCGAGAGCUCACUCCCACUACCGACCCCUCCGCGGAUGAUCCUCCCGGUGGACCCCAUGGCCUGGAGCGGCACGCGCGGGGAGGCGACCGCGAUGAGCGCAGAUGCUCACGAUACGCUGUUGUCGGUAUCCGAGGAUGGGGAGCUCGCUUUCUGGGUCCCUGAGAAUGGGUUGCUGGACCUGCUGAGUGGAGAGGUCAAGCAGAUGAACGGCGUGAAGGCUAAUGGCACGAAGCCUAAUGGUACGGUUGCCCACGGUGAUACGCAGAGUAGUGGGUGGAGGUGUACAGGGCGGGUGCGGACGGGGAGGAAAGGGCUCAGCAGGGCAGCGUGUAGCUCUGCGAAGAAAUCAGUUCUGGUUGUGCCUACACCUGAAGGCGAGGAACUCACAAUUUGGGAUUCGAAGACCUCAGAGUUCUCUUCAGGGCUUGAGUAUCAGGAAUUACUGAGUUCAUCAGAUCCUAUCAACGACCUGGACUGGACUGCCACACCCGACGCACAAUCGAUCCUCGCCAUCGGUUUCGCGCAUCACGUCGAGCUGUUGGCGCAACAACGCAUGACAUACUACGACGACACCCCUGGCUGGGGACGUUGCCACACCAUCGAUAUCGGAAGGACGUUCCCGCACCCAAUUGGUGACUCGAUAUGGUUGGCCCGUGGGUCAUUGCUCGUCGGCGCGGGACACCACCUCUGUAUCUUUGGCCAGCCAAAGUCGAAAACAGGCGACGAACGCAACGAGAGCCUGUUCGAGUUCGUUGCGCGCCAGAACGGCCCAUUGGACGAUUAUCAUCCGCAGAUGAUGCUCCAAUGCUUGCUGUGGGAGAAAAUCGAACUCGUGAAGCAAAUCAUCGUCAAUCUAGCCAAGAACCUCGAGAGCGGAAGAAGUCCUUGGGAAUGGCAGCGACUCCCUCUAGAAAACUUCUUCAAGAAAGACGAGGUCGUCAAGGCAGCACAUGCAUCACGCAAGCCGCAGUACUCACUGCUCUUCAGCGAACCUGAAAUGCAGAAUGACGAUGAUGAGGAUCCGUUCUCUCGAUCUGUGGUCGAACAUUUGAUCGAGCGACUCGAAGAGAAUCCGCUGCCUCACCUAACUCCCAAUGAACAUGCGUCUCUGCUGGUAUUGAUCCAGACAGCUUUGGAGAUCGAAGAGCAACGACGCGCCCUCGACACCAACGGCGUGCGAUACCUGAUUUCCAUGCGAGCGUACUACAUCAGCCAUAAGCGACUGUCUGCCCCAAGCACGCCUACGUCCGGUAAGACUGGCACGAUAGACAAACGCAUCAGACCGAGACAACGCUUGCGGUAUCGCGACAUGAUCUGGGCGUUCCAUAGUGAGAGUCAAGAACUGUUGCUAUCUCAAUCCGUGGCGGCUUGCAGUGGCAAGAUGACGUGGUCUGAAGCCCGAUCUUUGGGUGUGUUCUUGUGGCUGCGGUCUUGCGAGUCCAUGAAAGCACACAUGGAAGUCGUUGCGCGCAACCAGUAUAUGGCAGGCGACAAUCGUGACCCAACAGCAUGCAGUCUCUUCUACUUCGCCCUGGGCAAAUCGAAGCUCAUGCUGGGCCUGUGGCGACAAGCGGCUUGGCAUAAGGAGCAAUCUCAAAUGCUGAAGUUCCUCAACAAUGACUUCACGCAGGCUCGUUGGCGCACUGCUGCUCUGAAGAACGCCUUCGCGCUGUUGAGCAAGCGACGGUUCGAGUAUGCCGCGGCCUUCUUCUUGCUCGGUGGAAGUUUGAAGGAUGCAGUGAAUGUUUGCAUCAGGAACCUCGAUGACUUCCAGCUGGCUGUUGCUAUAGCAAGAGUUGUCGAGGGCGGUGACGAUGGCCCCAUUCUUCAAGCAUUGCUCAAGGACACUGUGUUGCCCGUCGCAUUCAGGGACGGGAAUAGGUGGCUAGCCAGCUGGGCGUUCUGGCUGCUUCACCGACGCGACCUCGCCGUACGAAUCUUGCUGACACCCCUACAAGACGUUGCGUCCGUGCUUGACGUGCGGAUUACGGCGAUCGGCGAUCCGCACUAUGAUGACCCCAGUCUUGCAUUGCUAUUCUCGCAGCUGAAGUCUCGGACCCUGCAGACGGCCAAAGGCACCAGUGAGAUUUCUGGGCGAACGGAGUUCAACUUUGUGCUCCAGAUUGCCCGCGUGUUCUGCAGGAUGGGCUGUCAUGUUCUGGCCUUGGACCUCCUCCGGAGCUGGUCAUUCCAGCGACCAUCUGUUGUCAUCCCUGGUAGGAAGCCUCUGGCCCAAACUGAGCCUCCGAGCCCGGUGUCCACGCGUCUUGCACUGGAGCCUGCGCUGCGUCACAGGGCGUCGGUGUUCAUCGACAUGGACCCAGUCACUGCGCCAUCUACUCGAUCAACAUCGCCUGUAUCCAACGUCGUCGACUUGGGCGCACAACCUCCAAAGGAGCCAGAGAAAGAGGAAGGAGACACGAUCGCUCGGAAGGCUGGGCUGGGUAGUUUGAUGAAGACUGCUAAACAGAAUGUCUCAGUACCAGAGUUCGAUAUGAAUGCGUUCUUUUAGUAUGUCAGUGUUCCAUAGAGGGUUC